AAUUUAACUCUAUAGGUUUUCACAGUCUUUACUUUUUGACAGUGUCAUAGAGAAUCAUCCCACUUAAGUCUUUAUUUCUUCUUGACCCUGUACCACAGCAAGUAGGGUCGAUCAUAAUAAUAGUUUUCAAUUGUUCUCAAACAAUGCAACCUUCCAAUGGUUAUAUCUAAAGAAAACAACACAGUCAUACUGAAUAAAAAAAUUAAAAAUAUGAACUGCCAUAUUCCUAUUUGCAUAAAUAUCCAGUCAAAACCUCAUUUGAAACGGGAUCAUCUUAACAUAAAACUGCUUGAAAAAAACAAAAUAUAAUACUUAUGUUAUGUAAAUGUUAAUCCUGUAAUUUAAAUGAUACUAAGUGUUGCCAUUUUUAUCAACCUAACAAAUUGAAAGCACACAGCAAGUGAUGAGGGUAGUAGCCAGAUGGGACUAAAUUUUCUGCAAAAAAAAUGCUCACUUUUUUUGUAAAAGUUAUGAGCUCUUUGCUGGUUCAUCAAUCUGGAGAAAGUGUCUGAUAUUCAUUCAUUCCCAGUGCUUAAGAGUCCUCUCUAUGAAAGUUUGUGCAUACAUUUUACUUUUAACUAUACUUAGCAUGUUAAAAGCUCAGUUUUACGAGCAUUUGAUAUUGAAAGCCUGUUUGUGUGGCCCAUGCAGCACAGUGCCCAUAAGACCUCUAGAACUUUAGAAAGAAUAAAUCAAAGUAGAUUUUUCCAAAUGAAACAUUGCAUUUAAUCAAAAACACCUCAUAAGAGACACUCAAAUGUGAAGCGGGGGGCUUUUAAGUUUUCCCCUUCUUCUCUCAGAGUCCCCUCCAGGUAAAUGUGACAUCCUCCAUGGUUUGGAUGAGUGAUCAGUCAAAAUGGGAUAACACAUCUUGUUAAUCGAACACAAAAUAUGAACUGGAUGGAUUGUUUUUAAUGUCACUUACACAAUUCUGACGGACAAAAGGGCAGCUUAAAGCCAGUUGGUCAUAUUUACUUAGGCUAUUCUGCCCAAUUAUAAGCAUUUCUGCAAAUGGCUAUUUAGAAAGGAGAAAGUAAAAUGAACGUUUUCGAUCCAUCCACUCGCCAAACAAAUACAUCUGCUCAGAACAACACACAGAUUUAAAUGAAAUGUGAAUUUAAAUCAUGUUAAUCAAAACACAUUUGUCCUAAAAAUCUAUAACGAAGUAAUGAACAUUGAAAACUGUUUCAACCAGGCUGUAUGUGUACGUUUUAGGUGUAAACUAUGAACUGCAACACAGAAGCCAAAAGAAAAUUGCUCUUUUGAAACCACCUCCGAGUGGUAAUCAGAGUGACUGCAAAAUUUAGUGCUUUAAUGCUAAAUCAAAGUCAAAGUCAGGUUUAUUUGUCAAUUUCUUCACAUGUGCUUGACAUACAAAGGAAUCGAAAUUACGUUUCUCACUGUCCCGUGCGUAGACAUAAACAACAGUAAAGUGCAGAUGCACAACAAAGAAACAGGCCUAAUGUCUAAAUAAAUGCAAAUACAGGUGAUGCCAUUUUUCUGCUAAAUCUUCCUCACGCUACAGAUCACUGUAGACAUUUUUGUGCCUCCUGGACUGGAUGUGUGUAACACAGAUGUACACUUGUUCAAAUCCCACACAUUUCUGGGUGAGGAAGUUCUCUGGCAGAGGAAGGAAUCCCCCGCUUUUGUUAUCUAUAGGUGUGAAGGCGGUGUUCCUCAGGGUUCUUGUUUCUGCCCUCUUCUUUUCUCUGUCAGUACCACAUCACAUCUGCCUGUCCUCCAACAAAAUUUAAGGGCUAUCAUUGACGACAAGCUAAACUUAACAGAGCAACAGCCCCCACUCCCCUUCGAGAAUGCAGACUGGAGAAGAUCAACCUCUUAUCUGUAGAUUACAAACCUAACUCCUUGUAAUCUCUUUGCUUGAUUGCUGCAACGAUCUUCCAACCGGGACUUUCAGUCGGCAGAAUCAAGUCUCUACAGAUGAUCCCAAAUGUUGCUGCACAUCUUAUGUUUAAUCAACCAAAAAGGGCACAUGACACAUCCCUGUUUUAUCUGCAUCAGCUUUUUUUUUUUUUUUAUCAGAUCUAAGCUGGUCGGAGUGGUUCACUCAAAAGCACCUUCCUACAUAAACACCCUCAUACUCCUCUGACUAUUUUUGCUUAUUUCCCUCUUCAUAUAUAAAUGUCUCUGGAUAAAAGCAUCUACUAAGCUCAAUUUAAAUCUCAGAAGCAGUUUUUUCAGAUAGUGAGCUGUUGAUUCUCUGAGCCUCUGCUCAGUUUAAGGUGUAUGUGAUCAAAGCCGGCAUCGGUUUGGUAGAUUAUCCUCCUUAAUGCCUGACAAGCAAUAGUAACACAAUUUCAAAUGUUUCUUCUGCUCAGUUACAUAACCAUGAGUACUUAGAUCUUUAUCCCCGUUCUUUCACAAAGGCUUUCCUAUUCAACCUGACGUCACAAUAGAGAAAAAGAAAAAAAAAAUCAAGGCAUGUGUCAGCAAAGCUGCCGUACAGGCUUUUGUGCGGCCUGUGUUUGCCGUCAAUCCUGUCGUGUAAUUCAUCAGAGCGGAGUCUUGAUUCUACGUGUCAAACAUGAGAGCGAAUUGCAUUCCCAACGCCUGUGCUCUCUGGCCUGAAUGAUGGCUUUGUUGCAAAGUGUUACGUAGGAAGACCGGAUUGCUAAAUCACACGACAGAGCUGCAAACAAUCUGGACGCCCUGCCAGGAUGGAAGAUUCAGGAUUUGAGAUGGGAGGAAAAGAGAGAACGGGAUUUAGUUCUUCAUUACUAAGUUGGAGUUUUAAAAAAUAAGAGUUUUAUUUAUUUUUUUGGAAACACAGUCAUCAGGAUGCAUUUCCAGUCUCUUCACAAAACUAUGAUCUACCUCCUGCCUCAGGAAUCAGCUGCUCUGACUCGGACACAGAUCUGCCGCAUCCUGAGCGAGAGCUUCUUCAUGGUCAAAGGAGCCGCCCUCUUCCUCCAGCAGGGCGGCGCCACACAAGAACCAAAAACUCCAACCCACCACAAACAUGCAGGAGAUUUACCGCAGCACCUGCAGAUCAUGUUCAAGAUCCUCCGCUCGGAAGAUCGCAUCAAACUGGCCGUAUGCUUGGAGAGCGGUUGGUCAGACCGGGUGCGUUACAUGGUGGUCGUCUACACCAACGGAAAUCAAGACACUGAAGAAAAUAUUGUUCUUGGGUUGGACUUCACAGAAAAGGACAGUAAAAGUUGCUCCAUCGGGAUGGUGCUGCCCCUGUGGAGUGAUACCAACAUCCAUCUAGAUGGAGACGGAGGCUUCAGCGUGACCACAGCAGGGCGGUCUCAUGUCUUCAAGCCUGUGUCUGUGCAGGCCAUGUGGUCUGCCCUGCAGAUCCUCCACAAAGCCUGUGAACUCUCACGCCGAUUCAACUAUUUCCCAGGAGGCAUUGCUCUCACAUGGAUGGCAUUUUAUGAAGGCUGCAUCACCUCAGAGCAGAGCUUCAUCAACGAGUGGAAUGCCAUGACAGACCUGGAGACGACCCGGUCUGAUUCACCCAACCUGUUUGUUGACCGGCCCACUGAGAGAGAAAGAACCGAGAGUCUUAUCAGAGCCAAACUACGAAACAUCAUGAUGAUUCAGGAUUUGGAGAACAUCACAUCAAAAGAGAUCCGUAACGACCUGGAGCAGCACAUGAGCUGCCAUCUCACUGAAUACAAGGAGUUUAUUGACAACGAGAUGCUUUUAAUCUUGGGUCAGAUGGACAAGGCCACGCUGAUCUUUGACCACGUCUACCUGGGCUCUGAGUGGAAUGCUUCCAACCUUGAAGAACUGCGUGAGUGUGGAGUCAGCUUCAUACUGAACGUCACCCGAGAGAUCGACAACUUCUUCCCCGGGAUGUUCUGCUACCAGAACGUCCGCGUGUACGAUGAGGACGCCACGGACAUGCUGGCCCACUGGAACGACACGUACAACUUCAUCGCCAAGGCCAAGAAGAGUAACUCAAAGUGCCUGGUGCACUGUAGGAUGGGAGUGAGCCGCUCCGCCUCCACCGUCAUCGCCUAUGCAAUGAAGGAGUACGGCUGGUCCCUGGAGAAAGCCUACAACUUUGUCAAGCAGAAGCGGAGCAUCGCGCAGCCCAACUCGGGUUUCAUGAAGCAGCUGGCAGAGUACGAAGGGAUCCUGGACGCCAGCAAGCAGCGCCACAACAAGCUGUGGAGGCCCGGCACAAAUGAGGAGGGGUCUGAGGAGCUGCAGGCGUCAGGCCACUGUGCCGGUGGGGACGGGGAGGCCUGGGGAGGCUGUGGGGCGUCUCCCUGCAGAGGGAUCGGCCUGGAGAUGGAGCCUCUGGACUCCCUGAACUACAACUAUUACUUCAGACGGCUGUCGGAUUCUGCGCUCGACAGUGAGCCCUCCACGCCGGUGCGGGGCCCCCCUCUGCUCGGGAUGGAGCGAGUUUUCAUCGAGAUCGAGGAUGUGGAGAGGGACGCCCUGCUGGACGAUGAAGGCUUCCCCAUGGCUCACUUGGCCCUCCCCGGGGAGGGCACGGCAGCUCAGACGUGCGGGCGGCUCGACCCCAUGGAGGACAUGAGGCUUCGGCUGGAGUUUAGCACCCUGGAAGAGGAGGACGAGGAGGAGGCCAAGAAAGAGGAAGCCGAGAUGGCGGCUUUGGCGCAAACGCCCGGGAGCUCAGAAGGGAGGAGGGACGAAGCUGAGAGGAGCGAGUUAGGGUUAGCCAACCUGAACACCAACAACAGCAACCGCCUUGCCGCCAAACGCUCCUGUCCUGCAGCUUUUGACGACAGUGCUAGCACAGGAAACCCUUUAAAGGUCAAGCCCUCCUACCAGUCCUGCAAGGACUGCAUGUGUCUCCCACAAGGAUGGCGCUGCGGAGGCCCCCCGCUCCGCCUUAACCCCUCCCGCCAAUGCACAAUCCCCUCGAUAUGCAUAGACCCGCCAGGAACACAUUUUGCCCCCAGCUCGGUGACCGCCCCCGCCGACGCCACGCCCGGCCUGGUCCAUCCCUGCACCCGUUUCUACCACUGUGCCACCUGCAGUCUGGGCGACCCGCAGAAAGUGUUCUCUUCCGUGAGCUGUGAGGAGACGGCGCCCGGCAGCUGCUCGGCGGAGGCCAUGGACGAGGGGGUGUUAAGACAGAGCCCCGGCGGGGAGGGGUUAAAGCGGCAGCGGGGGGGUGGAGCUCCGGCCCACCUGCAGAUGUCUGGACUCGGGUUUGAUUUCCAGCUGAUGCGACAGAAAACGGAGCAGCUGGAGAAGCUGCAGAGCAUGGCCAUGGAGGGCCAACUACCGGUGGAGCCCAUGCCUUAAUGUGGGAACGGACGGAGGAGGUGGAGGAGGUGGAGGAGGUGGCUACCCACUACCUCAGCUACUGUAAUAACAGAAAGAAGCUCUGAACUGACCUCUGCUGAAAUCUUUUGCUCCUUUCUCUAACAUUCAAAGGGUAAAGAGCAUUAAAAACUAGACGGUUUUCACCCCCCGCUUGAUUCGGUGGAAGACACUUCAAGCCUGUGGGGGCUUCUUUUUUUUUAGCCCCACUACACAUGCAUGAUCAUCCACACAUCCCAAUGAAGAUGCUUUAUGUCACAGUCCUCCUAUAUUCCAUCUAUAUGCUGUUUCCAGCUGUAUUUAUCCCAUUUCAAUGAAUCGUCAGAGCCUUUUCUCCGUGGUUUCUCCUGCUGUAGCUGCUUCUCCAUCACUGCAUUAAAUGCAUAACACACCAUCAGCAAAUAUGAGCCUUUCUUGAGGCCUUUCUGUGCCUCAGACAUCGUCUGGUCCUGCUUUGGUCAAAGAGCGUUUUGUUCUCUGAAUGCUUCUCUGUUCCAUGACACUUAAUGUGAUCAGGCACUUUUCAGUUUAGGAGUGUUUGCAAACCGCACAGUCGUCAUGUCGGAGACUUGUUGCUUUCUAAAAGCAUACGGGGGGGAAAAAAGAAAUAACUUUUGGUACCUAAAAGUGUUCUGAACUGAUCUUACUUUUAGGCCACACAAAUAAAGUUUGUAACUAAUCAACAAAAUUGCAAAUCAGAAAUGUUUGGAGUUUCUUUGUGAAAAUUGAAAGGCAUAUUUUCAUGGUUUACUAUUCAUUUUCCCCUUGGUUAGUGCUCAUAAUUAAAAACAUGUAAUUUUGCUCAUUAAUUAAAACUCCUAUCUCAACUUAAAGCACCAUUUGAGUUUCCAUUUUCUCCUUUCAAAGGUAUUUUUCAGGUAUUCAGCUGCAGAAAUAAAUAAAAUAUGACUGAGAAAAGGAGACAUGCAGCUCCAAGCAUCUACAGUAUUAUUUUGUUGUAAAGUUUCAACCAGAUGGUGUGAUUUCUCAAUGAAAUGCAGAUUAUCUAUUUAUAAAAAAGGAGUAAAACAUCAGUUACAAUCACGAGAAAAGAAAUUCUGUAUUUUUCCUUUUAAAGGCGUCUUUUCCAUUAGCACAAUCGCAAUUAAUUUAGUUUCUUUUGUAACUGAAAUGUAAACUGAAAUGAUGCCACAAAAUGUGGGAUUUGUUUUCGGUUUGUUUCUGCCAUGGGCUGAGAUUUAGUAUGUAGAAACGGAAGAACGUGCAGGUUCUGAUGCUGUGCUGAGUCAAAACUGUGAAUGCAAAGAAUGAAUCCAAAAUGUUUUUUACUGGAGGUUGUAUCGUCCAUAUGGAUUCAACAUUUUUUACUGUGGUGUUUUUAUUUAUUAUAAGAUGAGGUGGUUUCUCAUACUAAUUAAAUUGGGGUUGCUUGUACCUUUUGCUAAAAUAAAUCUGCUGGUUUACUAUAUAAAAAAUGUUAAAUGUUAAAAUAUUUGUUUCCUUAGCUUUGUUUUCGUAAUGUUUUUUUAAAGUACCACCAUAAAGCACAAAAUGAGUGUAAACUAUUUUUUUCUUUUGCAGAUUUUAGUGUAUUGGGAGGGGGGGUCUGAUUAACAGGUUAAAAUAUUUACAUUUUGGGGUUUUUUUUGUUUUAUUUUACCAAAUGGAUUUAUGGAAUAUAGAAGUUUUGCUUAUUUAACCUAAAAAAAUGUAUGAUAUUAAAUGUUUCUUUUUUGUUUAUUAAUUUUAUAUAAAAUCGGGUUAAGAAUCUCUUCGCUGUAACAUUUAUGUUGUACUUGAAAUUAACUUGUCUUUGCUUUUGAGACAGAAAAAUGAGCAUCUCCCUCUGUAAUUCAGUCUUAACAGUGUGUUUCUGAGAAAAAAGGGUUUUAAAAAAUCCUGUUUUUCUUUAAUUUUUUUUUUUAAUUUUCAAAAUAUUAAGACUAACGCCAAAAUCC